AAUGGAAGGAGAGAUGGGGGCUGGUGGUGUGGUGUGGUGAUUGAGAUCCACUGAAGCCCAUUGACUGGGUGAGCACAAGAUGAAUGGAUUUUGAACAAGGUCAAUCACUGAGAGAAAGAGUACAGAUUUCUGUACUGAAGGACCAAUGAAAUACUGUAGAAACCACACCCCUACAGAGUGGAGAAUGAGAAUGUGAUGUUAGUGGCUGUUCGUGGGACCUGUCACAUGAUGGGAAUCAUAUGAUGGAUUCGAUGUGGCGGUCGGUUGAAUUUUUACUUGUGUCGUCAAAGUGCGGACAAAAACAGGCAAAGCUGAUACAAACACAGUAAAAUAGGAAGAGUGUUGUUUUCUCAUUUGAAGUACCCAGUGGCCAAACGGGAGCAUAGGAAGGCAACAUGAGACACUCGGAGCUAACAUACUCGCUUCUCGUUGUGGUGUCGUCCCUCGGUCUGGUGCUUGGUCAGGUCAGCACUCCAGUUGUCCCUAUGGCUGCACUCACUUCUACACUGGUAACUAACUCACUUAAUGUGACUGGCUUCAACACCACCACCAGCACAAUAUCUGGAAUUGACAUCGCAUCAACUCUCAUACCAGGGACUGUCACAUCGGGAAUUUCAAAUUGUACAACUUUGAACACCUCUAAUUGUGCGAUGUGUUCCGCAGGGCAUUUCUCCAAUAAUGGGUCCUUGAACUGUUCCUGCUGUUCUGACGGGUUCUGCCUUGCUCUUGAAGACUGCCUCAGCUGUCCGCAGGGUUACUUCCAAUCUCAGGCUGGACAGAUGACAUGUUUGCCUUGUUCAAAAGGUGCUCAUGCAAAUUCCACAGGGAGCACAGAAUGCCAAUCAUGUGAAUCUGGAUUUUAUGCCAAUGAAACUGGUUCAAAAUUGUGCAGACCCUGCCUUCCAGGUUACUUUUCGGAGAUGAAUGCUACUGGGUGUGAGCCCUGUUCUCAAGGAUUAUUUUGCAAUGCAACACAAUGUGACAAGUGUACAGCGUGCCCUGGUGGAGAGGAGGCUCUGACUACAGCAGCAACAGAGUGCACACCAUGUCGACCAGGUAUGUACAAGCCACCAGAAGACUUAUUUUGCAAGAUGUGUAAGACUGGGUACUACCAGAUAAUGGUAGGACAAGAGAGCUGUGACCUGUGUCCUGAGCAGCAUUAUUGCCCCAGUCCCGAUGUUGCUCCAAUCAAGUGUCCAGUUGAUGCAUUUUGUCCAGCUGGAAGUACCGCACCUCAGUACUGCAUGGAAACAUUCUUCCUGAAGUCGGGAGAUCACUGUGUGCUGACACCGUUGACCAUCUUCCUGCUUGUGGUCCUUUCGCUAAUUAUUUUGCUGAUUCUUGUAACACUACUACGUCGCAAGAAGAAGGUCAGACAAGUGGACUCUGUGCGUGCUCCAUUACUGAGGAAGGAGCCGUUUGCUGGCCAGGAGCCUCACCUACCUUAUGGAAUUGCCUGGGAUAGAGAACCAGUGUACGCAGGAUGGUAACAGUGGCCUUGUGAUUCUUUUGGUGUCUGGAAUAGGCUCAUAACUAGUAUGCAAUGUAGAAUUGUCUGUCCUCUUUGAAAAGGGGAAUUGGUGCUCCUCCAGAUAUGCUGCAUCUCUCCUGGGAUUCAGUCUUGUGGAACUGCACUUUCCUCUGAUUCAUUGCAAAACUUUGCAUUCUGGAUCACAAGCAACUUGCUUUGUUGUUCGUUGCCCAUCCACGCCUGCCUUGCUCUCCUCCGAAGAGGAAUAAUUGUUUCUGUCAAGGUCUGUUUUACUGGUGAAGUACUUCCAAUGCGAUCUGACGACUGGACUGUUUGGUUGCAUCCUUCUCAUUGUGACAGUGCCAUCCUGAAGAUUAGAUGAAACACCAUGGCAUUAAAUGGAGUUAAACCCCUGUUGCCAAUUCUGUGGAAAACAAGUUUUGAAAUAGCUCAUCCCUUGUGUCAGCAGGUUGUUUCCAAGUCACGUGUUCUUCAUCUUUAUUUGCUGAAGAGAUUACAUCCAGAACUGUAUAAAAUUCACUUGUUCUUGAACUUUAAACUUUGGAGCUAAAAAUAGUGAAUGAAUAGUGAAUUGUGUUAACAAUUGUAAUUUGCACUAAUUUUUCACAAAUGCAUGUGUUUUACCCAAUAGAAAUUUCUGUUUGAACAGAAACCAUUUACUGACAAACUAUUACAUGCACCUUAACUAUAUUUUUCAAGCAGUACCUGUUCAAAAAUAUUGUGUUUUUACUUCAGAAGGUGGAAUGAAUGCUACUUAUUUAGCUUCCAACUUUAAUACCGUGCAUUCUGGCAGUUCUUCUAAAAUAGUAACUGAAUCAAAUAUAGAGCUGUGCUGCCUGUUACUAAUAAAUCAUGAUACGAAAGUGUAAAUGUGGAAGAUUGUAACACACUGUUUUUUGUUUUUGGAGCCAUUGCUGUUCAAAUUGCAUAUUUGCCACAGGUAAACUGGAUUUUAAAUUUUCUCUUGUGAAACAAUUUUAUGUGAAAUAUUGUUAAUGUGAAAUGAUUAAAUUAAUUUAGGUUAAGAUUGUGGCUAUUGUAUAUCUAAAAACUGUUGUAAUAACUUGUAUAGAUGAGUGAAAUUGACCCAUGUCCAUUUAACAUUUAGAAAGGUCCUGAAAGUUCAAGUAUGGAAGGGUGUAGUCAACAGUAAAUAUAACAAUUCUUCUGUCAUGUUGACAUGAAGUACCUGGGUUACCUUCAUUUCACCUUUUUAGCUCAGGUCCACUUAUUUUGUGGAAAGUUCAGUUUGCAAACAAACGGAUUUUUUAAUAAAUGGCACUGCAGUCAAAUAUAA